AUCGAACAUCGAGAAAUAAAUAAAAAGAAUUAGUCCAUUGGAGAAGCUAGAUAUAAAUAAAAGAUCGUGUUUCUCCAAUGGCGUCAAUAACAGUAGCUUAUUAUUAUGUUCUUGUAUUGUUUGUUUGCAGCGCCUAUGGGAAACCAGAUUUGGAGAUGAAUCCUUCAGCCUCGAGCUGGCAAACUGUAACUGAAAACGUGGGUGUUUCCGCCAUGCACAUGCAGUUGAUGACAAACAACAGGGUUGUCUGGUAUGACGCCAUUAAUCUUGGUCGCUCCGCACUGAUGCAGAAUCCUAAGUGGUGCAGAAAAGAUGAUAAGGGCCGUGAAGACUGCUGGGCUCAUGGCGUUACCUAUGAUCUCGACACCGCUAAAGUUGUCAAGACACUCAAGUUGAGCCUGAAUACAUGGUGCUCGUCGGGAGGGCUGUCGAGCACCGGAAAAUUGAUAAGCACCGGAGGCUACGACAAAGGUUUUCGAGGAAUUAGAAUCCUGGAACCCUGCGAUUUAUGCGAUUUCAAGGAAGAUGUUGGACUUUCUGCAAACAGAUGGUAUGCUUCUCAACAAGUCUUGGAAAAUGGUGAUUUUAUCGUGGUGGGAGGAAGAAAAUCUCACAACUAUGAAAUUGUCCCGCCAGAUCAGCUUAAAUUCCCGAACAAACAAUUUCCGCUUCGGCUGCUCGAGGAAACCACCGACGGCUUUCUGGAGAAUAAUUUGUAUCCAUUUGUGUACCUCCUCCCCGACGGCAAUGUCUUCCUCUUCGCCAACGAUCGCUCCAUUAUUUUCAACCCUAGAACCGGAAAGACGAUUCGGGAGCUUCCUAAGCUGCCAGGGGGGUCCCGGAACUACCCGGCCUCGGGGCAAUCCGCGCUUCUUCCUCUCAAACUCACCAAAGCGAAUGAUUUUGUGAAGGCGGAGGUUUUGGUUUGCGGCGGCAAUACACACGAAGCCUUCAAGGUCACGGAGCAUCCGCCGAGGCAAUUUCCGCCGGCGUUAAAGGAUUGCGGCAGGAUUGUUGCGAAUCAGGAAGGGGCCAAGUGGGAAAUUGAGGAGAUGCCGUCGGGGAGGGUUAUGGGAGAUAUGUUGAUUCUCCCCGAUGGGAAUGUCCUCAUAAUUAAUGGCGCGAAAACCGGGACCUCUGGUUGGGACGGGGCGGAGGAACCAAAUUUCACUCCGGUGCUUUACAGCCCGGAUAAACCGAAAGGGGAAAGGUUUACUGAGUUGACACCAACAAAAAUUGCCAGAAUGUACCAUUCCACUUCUGCGGUUUUGCCCGACGCUAAGAUCUUAGUAGCGGAAGUAACACCCACGAUUCCUACGAUAUGAAAGCCAAAUACCCAACCGACAUGCGCGUCGAGAAAUUCUCGCCGCCGUACUUAGCCCCCGCACUGCAAAAGUUUCGGCCGCAGAUCGUGGAGAAGCUUUCCCAAACGGAAUUGGUUUAUGGAAAGAAUUUCAAUAUCCAUUUCAAGCUAGAUGAU